CCUAACAAGGAGUUUACACACAACGUAACAUUUGUUUACCAAGUUUUUAUUCCUGAAAUUACACUAAGUAACAAUAUCCUGUCCAGACCAUGAAGGGAAGCAGAAGGUUAUGGUGUGUGUACCCUGUAAAACUGCUGUGUGUGAACUAUGUAUAGAAGACAGUCAUGAUGGACACUCACUUCAAACAUUCAAAACAACAGCCACGAAUGUUAUUAGUGAUCUCCUUAAACUAACAGAAAAAGAAAGUUUCACCAAGCUGGAAAAACAUCUUCAGGACAUUUCUACAAUACGAGAAACGGAAGGUGAGCAAGCUGUUAAAACAAAGCAAGAACUUCUGGACAGACGGGAUCAGCUCAAACAAGCCCUGGAUGAGGUGACAGUCACAGCUGUGGCAACACUAGACCAGCACAAUGAAAAUUUGUUCAAGGAAUUAGAUGAAGCCAAAGAAAAAGCCAUGGAACAAUCUCAAAAAGUUAGUGAUUUUAAGAGUGAAGUCGAAAGGCUAAAGUCUUCACAGAAUCAUCUGGAGGUUGUGAAAGAGGGAUGGAAAAUAGAAUCUCCAGAAAUUGCUCCCUUGGAAUUCCCAAAAGUAUCCAGACUUGUAUUUCAGUUUGAUACGCCUGGGAAUGUAACUAACAUAGAGAUGUUGUUUGGAAACCUGGUACCGGAGGACUUGUAUGCUUUGACUACAUUCCACCCAGACGGUACAUUUUCUACACCUGUGUUAGGACACUACAAUCCGAACCCCUCUCCAACCUCCAGUAUCUGUUCACUUGACCUAUUUGGAGAGGGACCCGAGGAAGCCAAUUCAACCCAAACACAGCCAACUGGUCAAGCAGUAGUACCAACGCCCCACAAAUCCUCACAGAAUGCUCUUAAGUGUGAUGUAAAACUAACACGUACACGUUCGUUCAAACUUCCUUCUGCAGCAUGGCUGAUGCAACCAACAGUAGGAGGUAACUGUUGGAUCACAUGUGGGGGAAAGGAGAACACAGUUACACUUGUCUCUGCAACUGGUGACGUAAUCCAGGAUGUCCCCUGCACCACGACGAUAAAUGGUAUUUUGGUGUUACCUGUAACAAACCAAGUCUUAUUGGCCUGCCCUGAGCAGAAGUGUAUUAAACAGGUGAUAAUGAAACAAGAUGAAUAUACAGUUGCCAACUCUAAAUGGAUUAAUACAGAUCCUUUAGUCCCUCACUGUAUGUGUGUGACAUCAAAUGGGGAUAUCCUAGUGACAAUGACAGACAAAACAUCCUGGUCUGCUGAACCCACUUCUACAUCAAUACUGGUUAAGUACAACAGCAAAGGACAGAAACUGGCUAGAGCUCACAAGGACGGACAUGGUCAAGACUUGUUCUUCCUUCCAUACAUUGUUAACACCAGCAACACAGGUACAGUGGCUGUUGUUAAUAUUACUAAGAGUAAACCAACAGCAAGUCAUCUAGUGCUGUUAGAUCAUGAAUUUAAUCUGACUCACAGGUAUGUUUAUCAUGAACUAACAGUUCCUGCUGAAGACAAGCUACCUGAAAUACCAGAAAAGUUCUGUAUUUCUGAUGUUUUGUUCAACCACCACAGCCUCUUACUAGUCUCCGAGCUACACUCUCGGACAGUGCAGCUGUUAGAUACCAUGUGUAACCUGCUGAAGGUUUUGGUUACUGAUCCGCAGGGUCUACCACGUUCUCUUGCGUUACAUGCUGACGGAGAACUGUGGGUGGGGUUAUACGAUAGAAUAGUUCAAGUAUACAAACACACGUGUGACUUCAUAUCUGAGGAAAAAUGACAAAUAAAAAUACACUGAGAACAAGGUUGAUCAGUAGUUAGAUAUCAUCACAUCAGAAACAAAGAAAUGGUUCUAAUGAUGUGUGUAGAGAGCCCAGCAGAGUGGUAUACUGGUAUGUCGAACAACUUUAUCUCCACUGAAUGUAACCACCAUGCUCACCAGGUGGAUCAAUGUUAGUGAUUAGUGGAAUUUGUUUUAUGGAUAUAAGAGAUAGACUGUCCAUACCAUAUAAAACAUCUUUGACUACUGUAUGUUAUGUUUAAACCACAUAUCCAUUGUGUGUGUAUCUGUGGUGAAGGUGAAAAUAGAUGUAAAUAUGUAUUUUGUAAUGUCAAUCUGUAAUUACAAAGAUCUUGAACAAAGUUAAAGAGAGGAAUGUUGAGUUUGUUAAUUGUACUGUAUUUUAUGCUAAUGCAGCAACACAAAGACUACUUCAUCACUGAUAUUCUUACCCAUUCACUUUUUCUGUUGUGUUGAAUUAUAAGACCUUUCUCUUUACUAUCACUGCUAUCUUAAACAAUAUGAUGAUUUAUAUAACUGUGGCUAGUGACCUUGUUUAGUAUGUAGCUUGAUAACACAGCAGUGUGAUGUUUUGUUCAUCAUUGCUUCCUU